AUUCAUAAUUUGAUCAAUAGUAUCGAUACUUAAACAAUACUAUCGAGUAAAUCAAAAUGACUUUCAGUUUUACAAUCCAUAAAUUCAUAACAUUUUAUAAUUUUUCUAUCUUAUUUCAUCCUUAACAUGUGAAUUGAGGCCAUCCGAUCUCUAUUCGUAAUUUUGCGUUGAUACUGGACAUUGAAGGGUCGUUUUUACGGUCUAAUUUUUCGUGAACCAGAAGUGCCUCUAAUACUUUACUGUAACCAUUUUCAUCUUUUGGUGAGUUGGAGUUUCUUUGAUUUAUUUGAAUUAUUCUUGGUGACUGUAACAUCGGGCAUUGAUGGAUAUACACUGACUUUGGCUAGCCAUGGAGUUUGCUCUUUCUUGACCACUUCCUCAACUGCUUCGCCAUCCUUUUCUAUCUUUAUGCUUGUUUCUUUAAUCAUUACACUAUCAAAUUGGGAUUUGUCUUUAGUCUUCCAUUUAUCCAUACCUUCGAACCCUUCACUAGUUGUAACUUUUAUUGCAGAGCCAUUGGCUUCAAUAGGAUCAGGUCCAAGAAGAUCGGCUGGUAUCUUGAUGUCUUCGACUUCCAUAAGUAAAGGUUCCAUUUGAUCAUUGAACUUGGCCAACAUUAAUCGAGAGUCUGCUUUUGGGCGAAAGUAAAAGUCUAAGAUAGCAAAUGUCAUAAUCAUCAUUAUAAUCAUGUCUUGAAAGUGACCUGCGUUCAAUGAGACGAGCAAGGCAAAGAGACAGAGGAGAGAGAGGAAGGAGGAUGGAUGGAGAAAGAUGAAGAAAGAUGAGGACUGAUGAGGAAAGAUGACAAACAGUAAAAACUCCUCCUUUAAAGGCGUCAACUUGCAUUUCAAGUGUUAGUUGAAUGAAAGGUGCUCCAGAUUGAAUGUGCAGUUUGUGUCUAUAGCUGAAGGUCUAAACAUCAAGUCAAGUCUCAACAUGAUUGUCCAAGAAUCUCAUCUAUAUUUUCAUGGAAACCAACAUGAAUCAUCCGAAAUUCAACUUCCAAAUUCAACGACUAAUUUCCAUUCUGAAUGUGCUUCUCCAUUGGAUUUUACUCAACAAAAUAUUACACCAACAGCAACUUCAAUAGCAAAUACAACAACAUCAAUCGAGAACAAAUCUACAAAUUGUAAUAAAUUGACAUCUUUUGGAAUUGAAGAUUUACUGGGAAUUUCAUCUAAAAGUUCAAAGAAACAAAAGAAAAGCAAAAGAGUUCGAACCAUUUUCAGUGCAUUUCAAUUGGAAGUUUUGGAGACAAUCUUCAGGACUAAUCAAUAUAUGGUUGGACGAGAGCGAAAGAUGCUGGCAAAUGAACUUGGAUUAACUGAUACUCAAAUCAAAGUCUGGUUUCAAAAUCGAAGGAUAAAAUCGAGAAAAAAUACAUUAAAUACUUGUUUUGCUCUUUCUAAUGACUUGUGUUGAAACUUUCAAACCACAGAGGAUUUUAGAGGCAAUUGUUGUGAUUAGCUGAUUGUGAUAUUUCAGUUCAUCAUACAAUAUCUUCAUGUAUUUCAACUUUACGAAUUUUCACGGUAAAUCUCUUUUGGAGUUGUUCAAAUCAUAGCUUUACCAAAUCAA